UAAUUUUGUGCAUUGCCAUCGUCGCCGCAAAGUGUAGUGUCAUUCGCAGUGAAAAGUUCUGAGUUUAUAAUUACUAAAGAAAAAUUUGAUAAACAUGGCUCUUCUAAGUGAAAAUCCAAAUCGAUCCUUGCCUGAUUAUGAGACACAAGUUGCAAAAAUGAAGAGUUUUAGUCCAUAUGCGGACAAUGGAGGAAGUGUCAUAGCUCUCGCAGGAGAUGAUUUUUGUGUAAUUGCAGCGGACACACGUCUUAGCGCAGGAUUUUCUAUUUACACGCGAGAACAACAAAAAUUAUUUACUUUAUCAAAAACAACUGUUUUAGGAUGUUCUGGAUGUUGGUGUGAUACACUGACUCUGACCCGUCUUUUGUCUGCUCGUAUGCAGAUGUACAUGCAUGAACACCAAAAGGAAAUGACAACACCAGCAGUAGCACAAAUGUUAUCAACAAUGUUAUAUUACAAACGCUUCUUUCCAUAUUAUGUUAGUAAUAUUAUUGGCGGAGUAGAUCAUGAAGGUAAAGGUUGCGUAUACAGUUAUGAUCCAGUUGGACAUUGCGAAGUAACUAAGUAUAGAGCGGGUGGCUCUGCUGGUGCACUUUUGCAACCUCUUCUUGAUAAUCAGGUUGGAUUUAAAAAUCAGGAAGGUGUUGAACCUGUUCCUUUAACCGAGGAAAGAGCAGUUUCAAUAAUAAAAGAUGUUUUUAUAUCAGCUGCAGAAAGAGACAUUUAUACAGGUGAUUCUAUAAGUAUCAAAGUUAUAACAAAGGAUGGCGUAAAGGAGUCAAGUUUUGAAUUGAGAAGAGAUUAAUUAAAUAAGAUAAAAAUAAUGUAUUGUCAGGUUUCUGUACGAAUAAAAGUAAUACUAAACGAUGUAA